UUGUAGAGAAGCAUGGCGCUGGCUCUGCUCACCGAUCUCUAUCAGUUCACCAUGGCAUACGGGUACUGGAGGAGCGGGCGGCACCGGGACACGGCGCAGUUCGAGCUCUUCUUCCGGGAGGCUCCAUUUCGCGGGGGCUUCGCGUUGUUUUUCGGACUGGAAGAGAGUGUGAGGUUCCUGCGAGAAUUCAAGUUCUCUCAAGAUGAUAUUACAUACCUGGAGUCCGUCCUUCCCAGCACGGUGGAGAAGGGCUUCCUGGAAUAUUUGCAGACGGUGGACGCUUCGGAAGUCACGGUGUCCUCUCUCCCGGAGGGUUCGGUGGUGUUUGCCAGGGAGCCAUUGAUGAAGGUCAGAGGUCCGCUGCUGGUGGUGCAGCUUCUAGAAACCACAUUACUCUGCUUGGUGAAUUACGCCAGUCUCGUUGGAACGAACGCCGCUCGCUUCCGCCUGGCGGCCAGUCCGGAUAAGAAGCUGGUGGAGAUGGGCCUGCGCCGGGCGCAAGGUCGUGACGGAGGUCUCUCGGCAUCGAAAUAUUCCUACAUGGGGGGGUUUGACUGCACCAGUAAUGUUCUAGCUGGGAAGCUCUUUGGGGUCCCCGUGGCCGGCUCGGUUGCCCACUCCUUUGUGUCGUCCUUUUCCUGUACCGAUGACAUGAAAUGUCGGACUCUGAGACCCGCAAACAAACAGGAAGCUGAGGUGGACUUCCUGUCGCUCUCGCGGUCCUGGCUGGGGAAAGUCUGUCGGACCCUUAAGAUUCCCCAGGAAGAAACCAACGUCGGCGAGCUGUCGGCCUUCGUCUCGUACGCCAUCGCCUACCCUCUGAACUUCCUGACGGUGGUGGACACUUACAGCGUGUUGAUGAGCGGUGUGCCGAACUUCUGCGCCGUGGCGUUGGCGUUGCACGAGUUGGGCUACCAUCCCAUAGGAGUGCGGCUGGAUAGCGGGGACCUCGCCAGCCAGUCUGUGAAAAUCCGCAAAAUAUUCCAAGUCUGCGCCAAACAAUUUGAAAUUCCUGACUUUGAAAAUCUGUCCAUCGUCGUCAGCAACAACAUCAGCGAGGAGAGCCUGAAGCAUCUGACCCAAAACACCAAUGAGAUUAACAUGGUGGGUGUGGGGACGCACCUGGUUACCUGCACGCUCCAGCCGUCCCUGGGCUGUGUCUACAAGCUGGUCCAGGUGAACGACACCCCCUGCAUGAAAAUGAGUGAAGACGAAGACAAAAUGACCAUUCCCGGGAGCAAGAUCGUCUACCGGCUCUAUGACGGCGCAGGGCAGCCAUUACUGGAUCUGAUGGCGCUAGAGGACGAGCCGCCUCCCGAGGCCGAGAAAGAAGUGAAAGUCUACAGAUUGGGCAAAAACACAGAAACGGAGCGUGUGGCGUCCGCCCGGGUCGAGCGCCUUCACCACCUCGUCUUUAAAAACGGGCAGCUGCCCAACGGCCAGUCUCUACCAAGUAUCCAUGAAAUCCGGUCCCAUGCGCAGAGGUCUCUGCACGCUCUCGGACAGGACCACCGCAAGCUGGAAAACCCCAAGCCCUACACGGUUGCGAUGACCGAAAAACUCCAUUGCCUGCUAACAAGCCUCCGAAAGACCAAUUUCCCCGGGUGAGGCUUCCUCCGCCGGGCUGCCGCUGGGACGGCUGAAGAAGGCGGCGCUGGGGAUUGUGAUAAGGCGCCCGUUCUGCAUAAAGAAAGCUACAGGCUGUGCCGUCACAAUAUGGGAGAGCGGGACCCUGCGAGGGCUGGGUAUCAAAGAGAGAAUUAUUUCCUCCCCACCGGAAUUCUGUGGGUUUUGGGUGUUGGGAAUGGCAGCGUUCGGUUUCUUGCUAGAAAUACAGACAAUAAACUGUGAAGAUGCGGGUAAUAA